CCAGGCUGUAAACGUUUCGUAAAACCGGAUGUUACGUAUUCACUUCCAGCAUACACCAACAUGGAGGCGCUUGCGUUUCGUCUCUGUAGGUUGGGGACCUUCUCAAGGUCGUCUAACCUUACGAUUUUCUGUGGCCACAACAAACACAUUUUACCCCAGGCCAGUUUGGUUCCAGCGAGGGAGAAAAGCACAGCUUUGGCAGCCAAGCCAGCUUCGGCACUCAGCAACAAGGGGGAGUAUGUUAUCACCAAGCUGGAUGACUUGGUCAACUGGGCUCGCAGGAGCUCCUUGUGGCCAAUGACCUUUGGCCUGGCAUGCUGUGCAGUGGAGAUGAUGCACAUGGCGGCUCCUCGGUAUGACAUGGAUCGUUUUGGAGUGGUGUUCAGAGCCAGCCCCCGGCAGGCUGAUGUCAUGAUCGUUGCAGGGACUCUCACAAAUAAAAUGGCCCCGGCCUUGCGAAAGGUGUACGACCAGAUGCCAGAGCCCCGAUAUGUGAUCUCAAUGGGGAGCUGUGCCAAUGGAGGUGGCUAUUACCAUUACUCCUAUUCUGUGGUGAGAGGAUGUGAUCGCAUUGUUCCAGUUGAUAUAUAUGUUCCAGGCUGCCCUCCUUCUGCAGAGGCUCUGCUGUAUGGCUGCUUGCAGUUGCAGAGGAAGAUUAAGCGGGAGAAGAAGAUGAGGAUCUGGUAUCGCAAAUAAGAGCCAAUGUAUAAAUAAUUUAUUCCACUAUAGCUGUGUUUUGGCAGUAGACAACAGCAGAUGUAUUAUUUGCCAUCACUCUCCACUAUGUAUCUUCAAUAAAAUGUUUUCUGAA